AAGGGGCGGAGACCGCAGUCCUUGCCGGAGGGUCCCUGCAGAGUGCUAGCCCCUCCGUUCCUGUCGGCGUUUCCGGCUCCUGACCCUAGAUCGAACUCUUGUUACUGCUUUUCUUCCUGCUCAGAAGCUUGUCUGCCGGACUUUUUGAAAUAACUGCUCCUGAGUAUGACUGUGGACAAGGCACAUGCCCUCACUGGGUUCCAGUUGCUGCAAGUGUGAAGUGAGGUCAGGGAUGAACAGAUGAUGGAUCGCCACAUCCUCUGCCAGUGACAACAUUAAGUGAAUCUGGGUGUGUCCAGUCAGGGCAUGAUGGAAGGCGGCUGUCAUCUCAGCCUGGGUACUGUACUUUCAGAUCUGAGAUUCACGUCUCCGGCAGCCACAUCUGCUGACUCAUAGACCCCAAAGUCCUCAUGUGAAUUGUUAGGGUCGAUCUCCCUCAUCCUGUCUCUGUAGCCCCCCUCCCCUUUUGUCUAAACAGUAACAUAAGUAUGCACUUAGUUCUGUUACAUACAUCUGUAAGAUAGAAACCAGUGUUUUUCAGUUUGUCACAAGAUUCUUUUGUAUGUUGAAUCUACCAAUUCAUGCAUUAACUACCCCUGGAACUUGUGGACGUCAUUGAGUUUGAUCAGGUCUUCAACAUCCUCUUUUAAGACCUUCCCAGAAGUGUGGCUCAGUAAAGAAACAUACAUUGCACCACCACACGCCUCCCUCCAAACAGCUCUCUCCCCAGUAACCAGCGGUGGAGGGUUCAGGUGCCUAGGAAACGUGUGUGUCCUCCCUGCCGUCUGCUCGGCAUUUCCUGCAAGGCUCUCUUACAGACCUCGGCAGCCGGAUCUGGGUCCUGAAAGACAGCCUUUAGCCAUGGUGAGAGAAGCAGAGACGGAUGUGCUGUUCUCUUGGGCCUACAUUGGGCCCAGUGCUAGUUACGAGGAUAAAUAUAUGAACCGAAACGUGACCUAACGGAGUUCAGACUCCAGCGAGAAGCAGACAGAACACCUGAGCAUCUCCUCAUAGAAAGGACUGUAGUAGCAGUAGGGGGCACCGGGAAGGCUUCACUCAUGGAGCUUUGGCAAGUGUGUGAGCUGGGCCACACGUCGAAGGUUUCACGGACCUGGUGCUGUAGGGGAGGCACACGAUCCAAGGUCCUUUUGCUCUCGGAGGAUGGGCAGAUCCUGGCAGAAGCAGAUGGACUGAGCACAAAUCACUGGCUGAUCGGGACAGACAAGUGUGUGGAGAGGAUCAACGAGAUGGUGAACAGGGCCAAGCGGAAAGCAGGGGUGGACCCUCUGGUACCUCUGCGAAGCUUGGGCCUGUCCCUGAGCGGUGGGGAGCAGGAGGACGCGGUGAGGAUCCUGAUGGAGGAGCUGAGGGACCGAUUUCCCUACCUGAGUGAAAGCUACUUAAUCACCACUGAUGCCGCUGGCUCCAUCGCCACCGCUACGCCGGAUGGUGGGAUCGUGCUCAUCUCUGGCACAGGCUCCAACUGCAGGCUCAUCAACCCCGACGGCUCUGAGAGUGGCUGCGGUGGCUGGGGCCACAUGAUGGGAGACGAGGGCUCAGCCUACUGGAUUGCACACCAAGCAGUGAAAAUAGUGUUUGACUCCAUUGACAACCUAGAGGCGGCUCCUCAUGACAUUGGCUACGUCAAGCAGGCCAUGUUCAACUAUUUCCAGGUGCCAGACCGGCUAGGAAUCCUCACCCACCUGUAUAGGGACUUUGAUAAAUGCAGGUUUGCUGGGUUUUGCCGGAAAAUUGCAGAAGGUGCUCAGCAGGGAGACCCCCUGUCACGUUACAUCUUCAGGAAGGCAGGGGAGAUGCUGGGCAGACAUGUUGUGGCCGUGUUGCCUGAGAUUGACCCGGUCCUGUUCCAGGGGGAGAUUGGCCUCCCCAUCCUGUGUGUGGGCUCCGUGUGGAAGAGCUGGGAGCUGCUGAAGGAAGGUUUCCUUUUGGCGCUGACCCAGGGCCGGGAGAUCCAGGCUCAGAACUCCUUCUCCAGCUUCACGCUGAUGAAGCUGAGACACUCCUCCGCCCUGGGCGGGGCCAGCCUAGGGGCCAGGCACAUUGGCCACCUUCUACCCAUGGACUACAACGUCAAUGCCAUUGCCUUCUACUCCUAUACCUUCUCCUAGGGGGCUGCUUCUGGCUCCACCCCCUCCAAGCCCAGUGGACAUUGGGUGCUGGAGGGGAGGAGUCUUUUUUUUUUUUUCUUUUUUAAACACAUAGAAGAAAAUAAACGCACUUUACCCACUUCCCCAAUUGGAUUGUGUUCUGAAGCACACCGCCUGCCAGCCGGCAUCCCAGCGGGCUCAGGAGUGUUCACUCACGUGCAGAUGAGAGCUGUAUGCCACCCCUCCCCCAGCCACACCUGACAGACGGACAUGCUGUGUGGCGGUGUUUAACCUGUGACUUGUUUCGUCAUGUCAGAGUGGGUAAUAAGUCCUGCCCUACUAAAUGCUCUCCUUGCAAAACGUGACCAGAGAGAGCACAGGCGUGUCACCCCCCAGGGUGCAGGUCUGGGCUGGGACAACGUGUGCCUCCGUGGGUUUGGUACGUGCAGGGCGGCAGCACACUUUGCAGCUUUUCAUAUGAAUGAGUUCCUGGGAGAUGAUGAGGAUCGGGGAAAUCCAAGAAGGCAGCUAGCUAGGCACAGUUAAGUAGGUGGCUCUGGGUCCAGUGUGACGCUUGUGUGUGUUGUACGGCCGAGAAUGAGCGCCCAUGAGUAGGAGAGCCAGGUGUGGUGGGUGAAGGCAAGCCUGAAGCCACCUGCCCCUGCUGCCUGGUGGAGCCUGAACAGUCUUGAUCCCCGCUGGCUGCCUCCCAGGCGUUGGGAGCGUGAACUAUUACAGGAAAUGGAGCAUGUCCUAGACCUCAAGCUCUCAAACUCACACCCAAUCCGUCUACAGUUUGAAAAUCCAAUUUCCCAGUUCUGUCUUCUACCCCCAGCCCCAGGGAUGAUGGGACAUUGUCAUUUCUACCGUGUCCCUUGGGUAAUUUCUGCUACAGAUGUUCAGUUUAGGCCCCCCAAGGGGUCUUGCCCACUAGCUGAUCACCUGCCUAAGUCCGAUGCCAGUGUUCCUUCACGCGCAGCACUCAGACUGAACAGGAUGGCAGCAGCUCUCAUCCCUUCAGCUCUGGCCCAGUGCAGUGAGCUGAGCGCUGGGUGGCAACUCAGGCCAGGUCCCUUCCAAGGGAUACACAGUCAGCCAUUUUUACAUCCACCCGUGACCAAACCUUUACACUCCUGCAGUCAGGAGUCUCCAGUCCUCACCUGAGACAAAGCUUGCAGAGAACAGCACACAACAGGGAUGCCUGUGCCCUGUCCUGCAGGUCUCAGUUUUACCUGUUUUGAUGAGUAGUGAGCUCGGGGGGUUCCCUGCCAUGCCCGCGGGAUGAGGGUCCGUGGAGUUCUGGUGAGGCGAGUAUAAACACUGAGGCCUGCGUUAGGCACUUCACGUGAGGUGUGGUGCAGCCAUCGCUGCCUUUGCAUUGUCUUGACUGCAGCUCCCGUCGGACAGUGGAAAUUUGAGAGCAGAGCAGGGAGCACACCAUAGUUGGCCGUUCAGUCACAGUGGGUAAGGGCCAAGUGUUAGUUAAAUAAAAAGGUACUGUUAACUGCACAAGGUCAGUUAUGUUACUAGUUAACACAUUUAGAUGUGAUGAGGCUGUUUACUCUCCAGUUACUAAAGCUGUCUUACACAGCUUAUACAGCUGGACAUCACUGAUUUGUUGUUAAUUAUUUGAAGGGCAGAAUGACAGGGAGGUAUCUUCCAUCUGCUGGUUCACUUCCCAAGUGAAUGCUGUGGCUGGUGCUGGGCCAGGCUGAAGCCAGGGCCUAGGAACUCCAUCCGGCCUCCCAUGGGAGUGGCAGGGGCCCAAGCACUUGGGCACCCUCUGCUGCUUUCCCGGGCUCAUCAGCAGGGAGCGGAAUCAGAGAUGGAGCAGCCAGGACUUGAAACAACACUCCAAAAUGGGAUGCUGGCAUCUCAGGGUGGCAGCUUAGCUCGCUGUGCCACAACGCUGGAGUGGUUUUGAUGAGUUUCUCCUCUCUUUAAACUCACAUCUCUUCCCCAACAAGAGAACAGGAGUGCCUCAUGGGUAUCUGCUUCCAGGCAGGAGGACUUAGCAGAAGCACUGGGCUCCAGUAAGGCCAGCACUGCUUUUAUCUACCUGUUUGCUCUGAUGGACGGCACAGCCACAUCCAUGCCACUCAUUCCACAAACGUUUCAGAAUGUCUUCCAGGUGUGACUAGUGCUCAAAGGAUUAAAAAUGAUUGUACCUUUUUUCAGUGAAAAUUCAUGUAACUGUUCAUUUAUGCUAUCUGUACUUGGCUAUAACAAGCUUCAGUUAAUGGCAUUUUUAAAAAUGGACAUAUUAUUUACAUCUUCAACAAUUUUACACUCCAACAGGUCAGCCAUAUAUAUCUACCUAACCACAGUGUCUCAUAAAGCUAUAUAUAAAUAGGCAAGUCAGUUCAGAUCCCCACCACUUCUCCCUGGUUUUAGGAAGGAGAUCAAGAAAUAGUAGUACUCAAAACUCCCAAGAUGUUUCUACCAUAUGAUAAAAUCCCUCAAAAAAUCAGUGGGGAGAUUCCAGCUGGGUAAGCUGAAAAUAAGUCCAAAUCACCAAAUCAUCAUUCCUUCAAGAGCAGGGAUUGUGUCCGCUUGAGGCAAUACUUGGAAGAUAGCAGGCACAGAAUCCUUCAUUAACGUCCCAGGCAGGCAUUAGUUCUGUGCAGACACUGGAAACUCCAGCUUCUCUUUAGACUUAAAGAGCCUGUCACCACCCCGUGUUCAGGCUGUACAAAUGACUGCCACCACUGGUCCUGGGUAUUAAAAGCCUUUGAUGUGCCAGGCAACAUUUUAAAAUUAAAUUCUGCACAGUUUUCUAAUAGCCUGAGCAGGGAUGUGUCACACACACCUUCACAAAUAAAUUGAGGUUCAGGCCAAAGGCACAGAGGAAGUGGUAAAGGCGGGACUCACUCAGUCCGGUGACUUCCAAGUCCAUGAUCUUGCUACUUUGUGCAACUAAAACUAUGAUUCAUCUUGCAAGUCUGUCACACACAUACCACAGCAUACACACCCCAUGGUAUGCGGGUACGGAGUAACCCAACUUUAGGAAAAAAGGUACCACUGCCAGUAAAUGCAUUUUAUUCUCAUUUUAUUGAGAUUUUCAACAGCUGCCAUUUGGUUUGUAUAGCAAAAAAAUUUAAAGUAACUUUUUCAUUUUUGAUAUUUUUAUGAAAAUUAUUUUUUUCAAUGAAAGCCCUGUCCCUCCCCCAAAGAAGUAUUAAUAACUACCAUGUCAUGUUCACUUAGGGAAAAAAAGAGCAAAAACAGCUUAUAAACACUUGUGAAACGGGUCAAGGUUCAAAGUCUAGACCCUCCUUCUGGAGGUGCCAGGCUGCCCCAUGACAGUGUCAGCACGUCAAGCACCAUGCACGGGCCCUGGGGGCUGCUGCCACCACAGGCCCCAGGCGUGUCUCCCCAUCUGCCUCUGCUGUCAGCCUGACAUGUGUCCGACCAAGCAGCGUGAUGUUUAAUACAUACUCAGCUUUAUAAAUAGGGACACGGUACUGCAUGAGUUAUUUAGAAAGUUCACAGAUUUCCCCAUCCAGUCUGGGCAAGGAAAGACAUCCUGUAUGGCACUGAUGGUUUCACUUUCAUGUCCACUCAAGACACAUGCCCAGACUCAUUAAGUGGAGUUAGCAGAUGCUUUGAAAGUCCUUGUGUUGUAGACAGCACAAAAGCUCUUUAUAAAACGGUUGCAAAAUUAUAAAGAUUUCUGCAGCAGUUCAGGUUCCUGUGUGGCUUCUGAUGACAAAGCUGGUUCUGAUAAGCAGAGCUCUCUGGCGUGCAUUGCAGUCUCCCCGACAAGUCCUCUGUUCCUAUGCCCAGAGGGUUCCAUUUAGGUCACAGGAAGUUGAAAUCCAAGUUUAGAAGGCUGUCGGCUGACCAGAUGUGGCCCCUCGGUGGAAUGCUGCUCAGCAAGAAAUGGGACAAACUACCCAGACAUCUCGCAGGUCAUGGGUGAACCACAGAGAUACCGAGCCACGUGAGGAGAUCACAGACUGGAUGAAAUGUCCGGAAAAGGCAGACAUAUAGGGAUAGAAAGCUCCUCGUGGGAGCCUGGGUCUGGAGGAGGGAACAGGGAUGAAUUGUAACUGAGCACGAAGGGCCUUACUGAGAGGGCUGUGGCUGCACCACUGGAGAAGGUUACUGAAAUCACUGACUCGUAUACCUGAAGUGGGUGAAUUUUAUGAUAUAUGUAAAACAUGCCUCAUUAAAGUUGUUUAAAAACAGCACUCCUUGUCUCUCAAAGCACCCUUCGUGCAUCAGUUAAACGUGUUUGAAGGCUCACAGGAAGCAGGACAGGAGCAUCACUUAGUGCUGAUUUACAGAGUGAAACGUUUCACUGUUUUAGCAAAUACAUUUUAGUAACUGUAAAAUAUCAUUUAACGACUUUAUUGCUGCAGUAGUAUUUUUGUAGUAUUAAAUAGCUAGACUUUCUUUAUUAUUUUUCAAAAAAGGCAGCCAGUAAGAAGGUAGGAUUGGGGUGAAAAUUCAGCAAAUCUCAGAGGUGAGAUUCUAAUAAAAGAUGAUGCAUUCGUCUGUCCAUCCACAGAUCUCUUGGGAGUGUGACGCGCUUGGCUGACACCCUGUAGAGACCCGUAUCCAGCUGUCCUAUUCCCAUGACCCCCCUCCCCUGAAAAUAAAGACUGAUGGGGCAGCACAGGAAGAGGUUGGGCAGUGGGGGCACAACGCAAAGUAGCACCCAGGAAACUUGAGUGUUUCCUUAGGUAGGCUUCCUGCUCCCCUGUCUCCGUACCAAUAGCAACUUCAAUAAAGGAGAUCAAAACAAAAGAGGAAAAAAAACAGACUCCCAACUACGGCCAACCAAGUCCAAGGAUGAAAUUCACAAGGCAGCACAGCAGAGGCUGCAGGAGGUCCAUUGCAUGCCACCCAGACCCACACAGCUAAUGAUCUCCAGGGGCAGUGAGGUGUGAAGUGAUUCACACAGGGACUUGCAGGCAAAGGCAGGAGGUCAAGGUCCCUACUACACACCACAUCCAGGUCAAUGCUGAGCCUUCCAGGGGGCUCCCCACACUAAUGACAUUCACGGUAUCCCAGAGGAGAGUGGUCGGAGACAUGGUAUUUCCCAUCAGGCGGAUGCCUCCAAAUCGUGGGCAGGUUUGUCACUUCUCCACCACCAGUUCCCACACCUCAGUACCACCCAAGGGCCCUUACUGAAGGUAGCCUGCUCUCUCCAGGUGCAGUAGGUGCACUCGGGAAUAUAAACAGCCAUCUGUCUACACUGGGCUCACAGCAGCCUGAAGGCAAGGGGGAAAGCUGCAGGCUGUGUACUGGGGUUGCCUGUUUACAAAGCUUUCCUCUCUGGCAUGGGAAGUGCCUGAGUGUUCCUCUGCCUUCCCUACCUUCCAGCCUCUCCAAAGUCAAGGCAAAACUUUGACAUGACAGCAACCAACCUUUGGAAAAUGCGGCUUAAUAUUUCACUAAAAAUAUUUAUUUUUAAGCCACUGCCAUAUUAUAACUAAAGAGAGCCCAGCUGUUCUGACUUUGGAAACUAAAGAGGCUGCAAAGGUCCAGCCUGUGCCUUGUCAUCUUUGGGUUUGACCUUAUAUGAGUCCCAAAAGCUAACUAUUACAGUUAGAAAUGGGCCCAGGUCCAGGCAAUAUCCUCAGAUUUUCUGCCACAGUUCAAAGGCCUAGAAAAAUGGAAAAGACAUUCCUCUACUUUUUUUUUCCCCCUUGAAGAUAAGGACAUAGGUUAUCUUCAUCUUGGAGUUUCAGAGUCAAAUAAAUAAUCACAAUAACGAAAACAGAAGUCAAUCACCACUAACACUGGGACCAGCCAGACUGGCAACUGUUAAAAAUACAUGCUCCAUUUCUAUACACAUUCUCAAACUUCUAGUUGCCAAAAAGGAAAAAAGUUUGAUCCAAGUAGUGACUUAACCUCAACAUCAAAAGUAUCACUUACAAAUACAAGGCUCACCAUUAAAUGGUAAAGGCAUUCAGCCUGGCUCGCACCCAGAGCCUGUCCUGUGAGGAAAAGUCCAAGACAGACAGAGGCUCCCAGCCUUUCCCCAGGGAAGGUCCAGGAAGACCCAUACACCUUUUCUGCUAAGAAGUCGGUAAAACCAUAACCAGACCUGUGACCCGGUGACAGCAGUGCUCCCACCUUGCAACAUAAAAUAGGCGGCGACAAGAGGAACUGUUAGAAGCACAAGUCCUGCAUGUUAACAAAAAAGGAUCACCUUGCUAGCUGCUUCCUGACCCUGGAAUCAGCACUCUCUGGGUCUGGGCAGAAGUUCCAGCCUUCAGAUUCUGUGCUUUCUUAGUCCCAACCCAACACACCCUGUGAACAUGCCAAAGACUGACACCCAAAAUGGACCAGCGCUGCAGAAGGAAAGACAAGCCUCUUGGGUGGCACCUGGCAGCUAAGCCUACCCAGGAAUCACAAGAACAAACAUUGAGGAUGCAGAAGUGGAUCCUGGCAGUACUUUCCUAACGGGCAGCUGAACACAAGUCCAUGGUACUUCUUGUCACAGACACUUCCUAUGCUCCCCACACAUUUCCAACUGCCUAGGCACUGUGAACACCGCCAGGCGAGGGGAGACUGAAGAGAAAGAGCAGUCCCGGAAGAGAGCGGUCGGCUCUGCUUACGCACUUCCAACACUGUGUCCUUCCAGAGUCAACAAAGCCAGCUGAUUCUUUACUCAUGGUCCUCCCUGGACAAACUAACACUUUCAAUCCCCAGAGGCAGAGGCUUGGGGAAUCGUGCGUGUCUGAUCAUCCAAGUUCCCCAAGCUACAUACUCUCCCGUGACAUGUGACCAUCCAUGAAAUGCUGCCAUCCUAUAGACUCAAAGGAGGAAAAAGAUGUGGGUUUGUACAUUAAUCUUGUGCUAGCUUGUGGCUGGUCACAUGGUCAACGACGGAGCUCGCAGGAAUUUCUUCAGCUUUCCAGACCCUUAAGUCCUUUCCUUGCAACCUCGGUUCCACAUCCACAUACUGAAUUUAUACCAACUUCAAGUUACACAACCUUUUCUUUCCAGCCUCAUGCACAGCACAGCAGCAGUCGCACAGAAAGCACUCCCAUCCUCGGGCUCCUGCACGUCCUCAUCUUGGCAGCAUGGCCACGACCGGACAUGCUCUUUCACACACAACACUGCCACCUGUACCUCUACACACGCAGGCAGCUCCUGGUGCCUCGGGAGUACCAGCAAGAUGCCCCAGGUGGGAAAGGCAGACAGGAUCCCCUGGAAAACUCACAUACAGGGAACAACAACAGUUUCUAACAGGUGGAAACACCACAGAGGGCCAGGCACAUGGUCAUCGGGUCAAGCAGGACUCACUCCCCUAGGUUGCUCUUGAGUUCCUCUUGUGUAGUUCCGUGGGGUGCAGAGAAGCAUCCAAACAGAACGGAGCUGCUUACUAGUGUCCUGAAAAAACACAUUUCCUUGAAAAAAGUGCAUAAACCUUACAAAGGGAAUUAAGAUACCAGGAGGACCAAGUGCUGAUGGAUUAGAAAAAAUCACUGUCCAAAUACACUGAAAAUACAGCUAACAGAACUCCAGGAUGACUUCUCCAGGUUCAAGCACAGCAAACUUCUCCUAUGUCUUCGGUAACAUCUUAAAGGCAGGGUGCGGCUGGGGUGGGAAGGAGGUAGGAAUAGACACAUGAGGGAUGAGGCAGCAAAUGAACCUACUGCUCUCGUCCCUUGCAAGUGAUGAGCUUGACGACAGCAGUGAACAGAGGCUUCAGGAAAGAGCCAACAAUAACAGGACUUCACUGACCAUCACCACCACAGCCGCCUCCCUCUGACUUACGGCCUCUCAUCAACCAUCGGAAGAGCUCCUAUAAACCAACUAUCUGAAGUCUGGGUUUUUGUGAGUGGUGUGCAGGGCAGGGCGACACAGGCUAGGUGGGCCAGUGGUAAUCCCAGCUCAUCGUAGGAAAUUCCAGGGCCCAGGGCGCUGAGCCUUGUGUCCUGGUCUGCACCACCUGACUCGUCCGCUUGCCCUUCUUUGCAUCCUGUUGAUCAGACGCCACAGGCACCCCCUGCCCCGGGGUGUGUACAGCAGUGUGGGAAGGGCAUUUCUUAAACACCCAGCUUUUCUUGAUCAACUUAUUUUGCCUAAACACACACAGCAGACCAUUCCUGAUGAAGGAAGUUUCCUUAAUACAAACAAGCUCACUGAAAAAAAACAAAAAACAAAAAACAAACAAAAAAAAACCCUAGAAGACCCAGGAAACUGCUCCAAAUGAAAGUCAGCACAACAAAAGAGAAAUACUCAGAGGCGUGUAGAGUAAGACUGAGCACAUUAGUUACUCAGAGGCACAGUACCGCAUUAACCCUUCCCCUUCCCCGCCGUGCACCCCUUGCCCGCCCCACCCCCUCUUCAGCACUGCCGUUUUGUGCAUCACUGUCCCCAGAUGUGGGGACAGAUAAGUCCUCCUCAAAGCAUUCUGCCGCCUCAGUACUUCACUCCUGGAAUAAACUCCUUGGCAUCUGGAUUCAGGUUGCUUUUGCUC